AAAAACACAACUAAACUUAACAACAGAAUCACGAUUGAGUCACCUGGCUGAGGUCUCACCAACGUUGACCUUGACUUCGAAGAGAAAUAAUAAAUAGCAGAACAAUCCCACCAAUCAAAUCAUUAGACUUUGUCGUCUGCUCACACUUCAACCCACAACCAUGAUGUUCCUACUUCUCGCUCUCAUCCCAGCCUUGGCUCUGGCACAGACAACGGCUGACCUGACAGUCACCAUCGAUGGUGUCUUCGAUGCCCUGGACUACGACUUUGACAAUGAGAUCGCCAGAGAUGAGCUAACCAAGUUUUUCCAGACCUAUGACGCCAACCACGACAACAGAAUCUCCAGGGCUGACUACACCGCUGCCAUCGAUGAGAACUUCCCCAACGAGACCCAUGACCCCCUCAUCACCAACGCCUACCGCAACCUCUUCGACGUUCUGGACAACAACAAGAACGGAUUCAUCGAGCCCAAUGACCUGGACGCCGUCUUCCGCAAUGCUGACGACAACAACAACGGCGUCGUCACCAGGGCUGAGUUCCAUAAAUACUUCAAUGAGAUUUUUAUCUUUUUGGUUUUGGGUUGAAGUUCUCUGAUCUGUAAAGCAUAAAUCUUUUUUUUUUUUUUUUUUUAACAUUCUGAAUAAAGUGAACGUUGAAAUAAUGUA